AUGGGAAAUACACCAUCAACGAAUAAUAACAAUAAUAACCAACCCGGAUUGCAAGUAACAAGCGAACAUCGUAACGGAACUUCACCAGAAGUAAUUCGAGAAGAACCUACAAAACCUGUUGCAACUGGUCAACCAAUCAAGAGUUCGUUUCAUGAUUUCGGUUCAAAUUCUCCUUUCGUCGGUUCACCUUUGCUUUCACAUGAAGAGUAUAAAAAAUUCGAUGGAUAUUAUGGAAACAGUCAAGAUGGAAGUUUGGCUUCAAGUUUUAACGAAAUUGACAUUUUAACCGGAUUGAGUAGUUCAUCUUCAAAAACUACAUCUUCCCGGCGUUCAUCUAUUGUGACGGCAGAGCCGUCUUACAAGAAUUCUAAUAAAAUUAUUCAUGAUUUCGGUUCUAUUGGAGGGUUAGCACCAAUGACAAGUGUUAAUGCACAAGUAAAAGGAAUUCCCACUAUCAUUACCUGGAGUCAAGGUGGCAAUAGCGUAUUUGUUACCGGUACUUUUAAUGAUUGGAAGUAUAAUGUAAGAUUAAAUAAAAGCACGAAUGACUUUACCACCGUUAUCAAUUUACCACCUGGAACACAUAAACUUAAAUUUAUUGUAGAUGAUGAAUGGAAGUGUUCUAAUGACCUUUCAACGGCGACGGAACCAGAUGGAAAUUUAGUCAAUUACUUAGAAGUUUAUGAAGACGAUGAUUGUAAUUCUAUAGAAAAAGAAAGCUUAGACUCCGAUGGAUUUCUUUCGAAUUCUCCUCCUGGCGAAUAUAGUGAUGACAUCCCUGGAUAUCUUCUUGCAUAUGCUCAUUCUCUUAGCGUAGCAGAAAAUAACUUAAAAAGCUUGGAUGAUCCUUUUGAACAUCAGGAGUGCAUGGCUGAAGAUCAGCCACCUACUUUACCACCUCAUUUAGAAAAGGUUAUAUUAAAUAGUUCGACCGUAUCUAAGGUGGAUAAUAGUGUGCUUCCCGUACCUAAUCAUGUUGUAUUGAAUCAUUUAUACGCUUGUUCAAUACGAGAUGGUGUUAUAGCCGUGGCCGGAACCACAAGAUAUCGUAAAAAGCAUGUUACCACAGUUUAUUAUAAACCUAUUGUUAUAUAG